UUUCCCUUCAAAGUGGCUAUCUUGCAGUUUUUCACUGUGAUGCUGCAAGCACUUGGCAAGUUACAGAUCAUGGGUGGUAUUGUGUCCCUUUCAUUUCAUUCAUCCGGCAAGCAGCGCGUAGCUCCAUUCCAACGAUGCUUCUGGGCUUUCGUCGGCUUCCUUUUCUUGAACAGCAUUUAUCCCACGGUUCUUUUUGUUUUUCCUUCUGAAAACUGGGCGCGCGUGGGCGCUGCCGUGCUGGAUGCCAUUUUUGAUGUUGCCUACACCGGCACAUACCUCAUCAUGACUGUGCUGGCCACGUAUGAGCUAGGGCUGGACCAAGACAUCUCAGGGAAUUUUGGAGACCAAGCCGCGGUGAACUUCAGAGCUACAUUGGAUCCAUCGUUUGCUUUCCCUACAGAUUUCUUUGGUUUCUUUGCCGUUUUCUACUCGCUUGCGCAUGUGUGCACCGUGUGUCGUGCUGUGGAACGCCAUCGUCCACAACCUCAACAAGAUCCACGACACCCACGAAGCUCCACUCCCCAGUCCUGGAGUCCGACAACCAGAAGAUGCUGCAAAGUGCUGUAUUCUCCAGUCUUGCUGGUUGCAAUUCUAUGGUUGUUGCUUACAGCAGAUGCGUACCCGAGACCCUCUGGAUGCUUCCCAUGUCACUGCAUCCAAUUGCCCACUGGCUUGAAGAAGCUCACAAGUUGCAGCCUUGCUGGCGUUCUGCACUUCGAAGAUGUGAGCUUGAGCAAUCAAACCAUUGCCAGUGUCGCACCAGAUGCUUUCAAUUUCAGAAGGUCAAGCGGCAUACAGCGGUUGUCACUCUCGGGGAAUCCCUUCAAAGUUUUGCCCAAGAAGAUGUUCGAGCCGUUGAAUGGCUUGCAACUCCUGGAUUUGGGCCGCUUGGGACUGGAACAUGUGGAGUCCGAGACUUUUGUUGGUUUAGAAAACCUAAGUAUUUUGUCACUGAGCCAAAAUGACCUUCGGUACCUGCCCGAAGACUUGCUGUACCGAAUGCCAGCCCUAGAGCAAUUGUUGCUUGGGGGCAAACGUGAUGAACGUGGCAAACAGAUCGUUCGUGGGAAUUAUUUGGAUGGCGUUUUGCCAAGCGACCUGCUUAAGCACAGCCCAUGCCUGACAGUUUUGGAUUUGAGCGAAAAUCAAUUGGAGUCACUUCCAGCCACAAUGUUUGCAAAACAACCAUUGCUGCAAUCAGUGGAUCUGGGGAACAACCAUCUCAGUGAGUUGCCUCCCGAAGUCUUUGCAGGGCUCAGCAGCUUGCAUCGCUCGACCUGUUCUUCAACAGUCUCAGUCAGUUGCCUCCCGAAGUGUUUGCAGGGCUCAGCAGCUUGAAGUCGCUCAAUCUGGGGUUCAACCGUCUCAGUGAGUUGCCUCCCGAAGUCUUUGCAGGGCUCAGCAGCUUGCAGUCGCUCGACCUGAAGUACAACCUUCUCAGUGAGUUGCCUCCCGAA